CCCAGUCCAGCCAAAGCCUAAUCCAAGUGUCCAGCUAUUCCACUAAUCCACUGCGGUCUCCUGAAGUUCUUAUGAGAAGAUUGAAGAACGGAGGUCGAAGAAGAGCCUGGCAGCCUGUCGAAACGACGAAGACUGAAGACGCUGUGAACUGCGAACACCAGCCGACCUGCAUCCACCAGCCGCGACGCCGGACGCCGUCGCUCACUCGGCCGUCCUUUCUCUCCGGCUAUCCGCUCUGCCUGUAGCUCCUGAGCUCCGGCCUCUAGGUGACCAGUUUUCGAUACUCGUAGCAGUUGGGCGCGAAAUAAAGGCAUGCACCAGAGGACAUCGACGGCUAGUCGGCGUCCGUCCGGAACCGAUGGCUCCGACUACUCAUUCCGAAUGGUGGUAGACUCAAGGUACCAAAAAGUAGCUAAAGGAAAAUCUCAACUUUCGAAGAUAAUACUCAUUCAGGCAGUUGUUCAUUUGAUAAUAUCAGCACUCUCAUUUUUUGUAGCAGUGAAGACUCAGACAUUUGAAAGAUGUGCUUUCUGCUCUGCUGCAAUAGGCUUCGUCUCUCUUAUUUUUGGAGAAUUAGGUCGAAAGCGUAGCAGAUCAAACUUUUUAAAGUUGUAUGUGUUCGGAUCAUCCAUAGCUGUGCUAAUUCCUGCUACAUGUUUUGCCAUGAGCCAGAAUCCUUUAGAGGUUCUUCAAAACUUCAAUAGCUUGCUGCCACCAAAUAUUGAAGUCCUGAAGAUUGGUGCUAUUAUACUUGGAUUUUUGGUACAGAUAUUCUCAGUUGCUACAACCGUGCGUCUAAUUGGUAAUAUGGCUCUUCCUAAGAGAGCUUCUUGAUGGAUGGACGAACUAAGAAUAGUUGAACAUUGAUCAAUUGAGGCACCUUAUCAUAGUUUACCUGGAAGCAGGUAUUCCUCAAACACAGAACGGAUGAGAAUAUACAAGAAAGGCAUCUGAUUUUCACCGAGUUGCAACUUAUAAUCCACAUAAUUAAUUUUGUAGUGUUGCGUGAAAGUGAACGAUACGGCUUUUAUCCAUCUUACAUUGCUGUUUCACUGUUUGUCCUUUUAUAUGACUUGUAUUCUGUAUGUGCAAGAUUUGACCCCUCUUCUUGCAUAUUCGCUACAUUUCCAGAGCGUUACACAUAUUGGUUGGCCGAUCCCAAGAUCAAAUUAGAACAAUAAUUUUUUCUCCACAUUGUUUGUUGAGAAAAGAAUAAAUUUCAUUUUUGGUGUCAC